UGUUGGUCCGUAUGGGAGCGAGAGCGCGCGGUGCGGCGCUGCUUGUCCGCAGCGUCAAACAGCUUUCCAGGCUUCCAGCACACCGGACUGGAGACAGAGAGAAAAGACAGGUCGACCUCAGAGCCCGCCUCACGUCCACUCUUUCACCUGAACAGCUGAGUGGAGCGGGUGAAUCGAAGCGAGGACUGUGUUUUAAACGACUGAGCACACACGGAUAUUAACAUUACUCCCUCCUCCUCCGUCAGAAGGCUAGAAGUGCGCAGCGGGUUUAUCUGCGGUAAGGUACUGUACAGUAGAUUACUGGGCGUCGCGGGGAGACGGCACAAGCUAAUAAGCUUGAUAAAAUGACGCGACGAACCUGCGGUUAAUCGAAGAGAGCCUAACAGAGAGCAUGUUGCUGUUUGUGUUUGGCUGAAUGACUGCGGAGAUGAGACAACAUGCCUGAGCCUGAGAGGUGACCAUCCUCAACUGGGUUUCGUCCUGUGAACUGCAACAUCAAACCAUCUGCUGAAGCCUGCCCCUGACUCCCUGCAAGGUCUUCAAUCCCACCAGAAGGCCACUACUUGUUUCCAGGAUACUGUUUCCCCUCCAUGAUGGUGAGUCACGCCCUCUCUCUUCUGGAUUGUCUCAGUAAAUAGUCAGCCACACAAAGGCAAAAGGAUCCCAGCUCGGCCAGUGAAUAAAGCCCUCUUCCUUCUGCACAGUGUGGGAGAGAGUGCCACUGCUGUGCCUGUGUGGCAUCUCUGUAGGCUGAUAACUGGAAUAAAAGCAGUGUUGAGCGAUCAUCUUUCACUCUGAGCCACUCACGUUUCAUGCCGCAGCCCAGGAUCUGGCUCUCAGGGCUGGACUGUCAGCGGGAGGAAGAGAGACUCACACUGAUGAGAUCAGCUGAGCUACACAGGGGACAGGUGUGAAGCAUCUUCCUCAGGAGACUGAGGAGGCAUACAUGAGGAAAGAGUCAUGCUAUUGUUUGGAUGACCUCCCCACCGGAUUUAGACACUUUAACUACAUUUUUUCAUUUAAGUUUGGGCCCAGUGGGGCUGUCCGGUGUUGAUUCUUCUGCUUUAUGAGUUUUCAUCUCAGCGAGAGUGUGUCUGAGUGGCAGGGGGAGCCAGCAUGGCCAAGCCUCUGCUGAAGAUACAGCGUUAUUUCCGCAGGAAACCCGUCCGCUUCUUCUCCCUCAUCCUCCUCUACCUGACGGCUGGGAGCCUUGUCUUCCUGCACUCUGGCUUUGUUGGGGAUAGCAGCUCAGGAGGCAGAGGGGGCCGGGACUCUGUUGUAGCUUCAGGGACUUCAUCGGCAGACACCCGGGGGCUCAGUAUCAUGAGCAGAGUGUUUAAGGAGACACGCAGGUCUGGUCGGAGGUAUGGCCCCCCGUGGAUGAAAAAGCGUCAGGAAGGAGAGACGGUGCGCAGGGGGGGAGACUACACCAGCAACUGGAACCGGGCACUUAAAGGACGCAAUGCCAAAGACAUCGAGGAUGGAAGAGCAAAAUAUAUUGGCUGUUACAUCGAUGACACACAGAAAAGAGCGCUGAGAGGAGUUUCCUUUUUUGACUAUAAAAAAAUGACUGUAUUUCGUUGCCAGGACAACUGUGCAGAAAGAGGCUACAUGUAUGCAGGUCUGGAGUUCGGAGCAGAGUGCUACUGUGGUCACAAGAUCCAGGCGCCCAACGCUUCAGACAGCGAAUGUAAUAUGGAGUGUAAAGGAGAGAAAAGCAACCAGUGUGGAGGAGCUAACAGGCUGUCCAUCUACAGGCUGGAGCUGAGCCAGGAGUCUGCACGCCGCUAUGGCAGUGCUAUUUUCAAAGGCUGUUUCCACCAGCCUGACAACGUUACUCUGGCACUUCCUAUCAGCGCUGUCAUCCAGAACAUGUCUGUGGACAAGUGUGUGGACAUGUGCACAGAGAAGGAGAAAACGUUGGCUGUCCUAGCUGGGGAUCGAUGUCUCUGUGGCUUCCCAACUCCUCUCUUCUCCCUCCAUGAGCCGGAGGACGAGGGCAUGUGUCUGCACCGCUGCUACGGGGAGGAGUUUGAGAGCUGCGGGAAUGACAAGUACUUUGUGGUGUACCAGACACAGGUUCAAGAUAACCGCUGCAUGGACCGCCACUUCCUCCCCACUCGUGCCAAGCAGCUGGUGGCCCUCGCCAGUUUCCCGGGGGCUGGUAACACGUGGGCUCGCCACCUCAUAGAGCUCGCCACUGGCUUCUACACCGGCAGCUAUUACUUUGAUGGAUCGCUUUAUAAUAAAGGAUUUAAAGGAGAGCGGGACCAUUGGCGCAGUGGGAGGACAAUCUGCAUUAAGACACAUGAAAGCGGCAAGAAGGAGAUCGAAUCCUUUGACUCCAGCAUCCUCAUGAUACGAAACCCCUACAAAGCUCUCAUGGCAGAAUUUAACAGGAAAUAUGGCGGCCAUAUUGGAUUUGCAUCCCAAGCUCAUUGGAGAGGGAAAGAGUGGCCUGAAUUUGUGAAGAACUAUGCCCCGUGGUGGGCGUCCCACACUUUGGACUGGCUGAAUUAUGGGAAAACCGUCCAAGUAGUCCACUUUGAGGAUCUGAAAAGAGACCUUUUCUCCCAGCUGAAGGGAAUGGUCCAGUUUCUGGGCUUGAAGGUUUCUGAAGACCGCCUGCUCUGUGUGGAGGGCCAGAAGGACGGGAACUUCAAGCGAUCAGGGCUACGAAAGCUUGAAUAUGACCCCUACACUCCUGAGAUGAGAGCGAGCAUUAAUGAACUGAUCAAAACAGUCAAUGCCGCCUUGAAGAAAAGGAAGAUGUCCGGAGUCCCAGAGGAGUACAUGCCGAGAUGAUACAUGUGAUCGCUUUGAUUGACUUUUCUUCCUCUUCAUUUGGAUUCAUUUUGUGAACAGACUCUCCAUCAUAAUUGUAGGAUUACACAACAUAAUAGUUUUUCCUGUUUUUCUCAUAGGCCAUACAGGUUGAUGCUGUAUGAAGAAGAAACCUGUCUCUUCUUCCUUCUGUUUUUCAUUUUCAUUUUAUAUCCUCUGUUUUCACUCCAGCAGCUUCAUGCAUUAAUACAGUUUGAACUUUAUAUUUUUCUGUCUGAAUGAAAAGCACUUCUUAUUAUGCUCUAUGCACAUGUGCUGUUUAGGCGUGUGCACAUGCCUUAACUUGUAGAAGGUACAAUAGCUGUGACUGCAGACUGUGCUGGGUGAUCUGUUGCCAGUGAAAAAACAUUCGACCCAAGAGAUAUUAGAGUACACUUUGAGGUGUGUCGUAUGACCCUAUUUUUUGCAAUGGAGAAAUAAUAAAUAUAUAAUGAAUAAUAGAAACAUUAAAAUGUAUUAAUCUUCUGCUGCUAUUUACAGAACAAUACCAUUUUAUGAGUGACUUUACUGUAAAUGUAAAAUGUUAAACCCUUUGUCAGAGGGAUAAAAAUGCAAUAUGCAGGCUUUAACUACCUGAAAACAAUACUGUGUCCAAGUUUUUGUAAGUUCUUCAGCUUACUGUACGUAAGAGAAGUCAUGUUUUCAAUGAUGAAGAACUUAAUUCUCAGCUCUUCGUAUUCAAGGAGAGAAAUGAUUCCUCUUGAAGACACUGACUCAUCGCGCAAAGAGGAUUUAUGUAGACAGCAUUUAUUUAUCUCUGGUGUCUGGCGCACACGGGGAAUUAUCUUAAGUGUGAAUAUGUUUUCUUAACACUGGACUCGAUGCAGAAAUCCAAAAAGCACUCCACUGUGCAACACUUUUCCCAAAGACCACUGAGGAGCUAGGCAUUAUGCUUGUGUUAUUGAUCAGAGGUUCUCUUUAGCAGUAGUGGUUGUUAUAGGUUUAUGACAGUUAAUCAUACCAAAUGUGAAAUAUUAUUUGUUAUUGCUUUGUAGUAAGAAGAGCUAUGACACAGUCCAAAUCUUUCGCUCAAUUUUACUCUUCAUAGUGUUAAAUAUUCUCAGAUUUCAUAUGCAGCACGUCUUACAAAGGUACUCAAUGUGCUCUGCCAUGUGCUUAAAAAUAAACUGAUACAUAAUUAAAGACAUGAAUAUAUAGACUAAUUCAAUACUGGUGACUGAGAGCCAGAAAACAUGAACUGACUUCCAUUUUCAGGAUGAUAUAAAAUCUAUUUUUAUAGUGCGUGCUGCUGACACAUCAACAAUAUUUGUAUUGCAACAAGCAAACGGGAAAAGUUGUUUCUAUUUUUAACACAUGCUUUAAACUUUAUUGGCUACUGCUUUCAUUGACAAGCUGACACAGUCUGAACGAAGGUGUCACAUUUGAAUGUAUUUUCUAUGGAAUGAAUGUAAUGAAAUAAGGCCCAAUAAAUGAGUACAUGAAAGAUGA